UUUAGAGCAGCGUUAUCUUCAGGUUUUACUCAGAGACAGGUUUGAUAAAAACAAACAGCUAGCAAAGUUUGAUGCUAUUAAGGCUUACGAGGAUGGUUUGAGGGAAUUGCACAAUUACGCAGUUCUAAAGCCAAAACAAUUUCCCCAUUCCCCAGGUGGAGUAGCUUAUGGAAGAGAACCACCAGAUCCGGACUAUAUUUUUGAUGGAUGGCAUCCACUAGAGAAGGCUAAGUACCCUCCAGAAUACUUCGCUAAGCGUGAUGUGAGAAAGAGGGAAUUUUUAGAACGUGAAGCAAAAUUACAUAGAAGAAUAUGAAAAAUCAAAGAAAGAAUUAAAUUGAAAACUCUUAAAUC